UGGACGCUCUAUGGUAUAGGGUCACGAGCUAUCGUACAAUGCUUUACGGCGUCUAAAAUGUGAAGCCGACUAUUGACGAGUUAAACACUUUCAUUCAUAUUUUUAAGAAAAGAAUUCACCUACCGCAUUGAAUAAAAAAGUUUGUGUAAAUCAAAUCAAGUGAAAACUUUUAGCACAUCAUACAUAUAGAAUUUUGAUCGAUCUCGUUUGAGCUAAAUUUUUAUCUAUUAAUUUAGUGAAAUUGGAUUUAAAAAUGUGGAUUCUUCAGACGUUCAUGGAAUGGGUUUAACACGUGCUUUAACGUGUAUGGAUGUUACUUAAAAAGGACUUGCAGCCUUACAAGCACCGUGCCGUAAGACUAAUUAAAUGAUGGAUAAAAUAAACGCACAGUUCUUGUUCAUAAUGUUCGGCAUAUGUGGUACCUGGAUCGUGGCUGAAGUUCAACCCCGGAAAUGGGCUGAAGAUGAUUGCCAAAGGUCAUUGCGCGAGUCCCUCGCCAUUUCCGUAAAAACCCGAUCUCCGCCGAAGUUAUCCGGACACUGGACGUCGACAAAAUGCGAGGUACGACCAGGUCCAGAGUUCGUCCUUCGAAAGUAUGUGUUCCGGAAAUCCGGUUUUUUUGCACAGCUUUUCUAUUACGCAGACGAACAAUGUAGUCACGUGACCCAUUACGUCAGUGCACGCGGGAAAGUCAAGCCUCUGGGUGAAUCCUGGAGAACCCCGGGUGGAGUCCAGUCUAAAUAUAGCCUGUCAGAGGUGAAGGUCAUUCCAUAUUCAGAAAAGAAGGCACACACUUUCGGUAAACUCGUGCGGAGAUUUUGCCCAGACGCUAAAGUGAAAACUGUUUCUCCGUACAGAAAAUUUAGCAUUUUUAAAUUCCCUCUGAGAAGUAAGAGGAAAAGCACAUUUGAAAAUUUAGAAGACUUUGAUUGUACAAAAUUAUUUAACUUUACCAUGAAUGAACUGCAACUUUUACGGGUAGAAAGAAAACAACUGAAAUCCAUAAUGACCAAGAGUUCCGAAAAGCGGUUGGAGCUUCACCUUGGUGACGUCAGCACGGAAAUGACAUAUCGUUGGCAACACGUUCCAACCUACUACCAGAUUCCUUUGGUUAAAGCAAAGACACCCGGAUGCGAGGUCUGUUCCAUUCUUUCGAGCGCUAAUCACCGUCGUCCGCCGGCGCUUUUGAUUAGUCAGCACCACGAGGUGGCACUUUCAGGAGAGUGGGUGAGUGAGCGGUGCGAGACACGUCCAAACGGUCAGUUCCUGACCCGCCAUCUAUCCUUCCUUGGGUGGCGCUCCUUUCAGGGCGUCUAUGAAUUUUAUAGAGACCCCGACUGUUCGGAAGCUAGUUAUAGUAUAGCAAUAAAGGGAACGUAUGUGUUGUCAGGAAAAUCGGAUGUUAUACCAUCAGCAAGUGAAUUCAUUUUCGAAACCUCAAGACUUAAAAUUACCCCCCAAAACUACCAGAUGCUGAUGUACAUGAACAGUUACGCCGGAAAUAAAUGCGGGGAUUCCGGAAAUUGGAAAACGGGUGUGACGCAGGAUGUGACGUCAACAGAGGGGUGUGUCCUUUUAGGGAUUUCCCUGCCUCAUGUCGAGUAUGAGCUGAUGAAAACGGAGUAUGACAAUAGACACAGUUAUCUGUACGUAGGACAAAGGCCAAGCGACUACGUCCCGUUAUCCGACGUCAAAAACAGACCCACGUCUUUUCAGCACCCGCUGGUAAGGUGCGGUUCUAAUAAUGAAAUUAUGCACGAAGUUUCGCCAGUAUUUGACCAGUAUUCGGCCUAUAGCGGUUCGGACAGCAUGGCUGUACCGCUUACGAGUAGCUCAGAACAAAAAAGUAUUUGUAGUGUCAUUAUCCACAUUAUCAGCAUUUUGCAUCUGAAAUCAUAUAGACUUUAAGUUUGCAGUCGCGCCAACUUUAGAAAAAUGUCUUUCAAGUUUCAGAGAAUCAAAAUAACUUCAUUAUAGCGGUGGUUGACACAAUGUGCACCAGUUGACAAUGUAUUUAAUUUCUUUUACCAUCUUUUUGUUAUAUUCUCAUUACAGAAUUUUGUGACUUUUUUGGCGAUCAUCAUUAAAUUGGUAUCAUUUCUCAUUACCAUUAUUGGAAUGCCAACAUAAUACUGUUUGUCAGGGGUCGUUUUCAUAUAGCAACUUAAUUUUGUUAAAAAAUUGCCCAUUUUCUUACUUGAAAUGAAUUUGUACAUCAAGAAAUUGGUCUAGUAAAAAAUUCAAAUAAAAUACCUUUCUUUGAAAAGUCAAUCUUUGUUGAAAUAAUUUUUGUCAACAAAGUGAUAUUUUCUCAAAAUAAUGUUUGGUGAACAAGACUCCAGGGCUACGAUUUUCAACGCUCCUCACCGAACAAAACGAAACGGCCUUCGAGAUGAAUCGCCAAUGACGUUUCGGGUUAGAUAACUACCCGGUAAUUGAUGAAUUGCUUUUUAAAUCUGCUCAGACCAAAAACAAAAUAGGGUAAUUUCAUUGAUAUUUAGGGGUUUUUGAGGAUAUAUAGAUUUACAGAAUAAUGAUGUUAAAAAAACAAUUCAAGCUAUUUGUGUGAAAAUGCAUGUGAUUAUAUUACAAUUUUCUUCAAGUUUAUGUUAUGUAUGCUUUGAUGUAUAUGUAUGUAUGUAUUUCUUUAGACCUUGCGGUCAAGGAUAACCCGUGAAAGUGCAAGCACUUAUUUCCAACGGGGUUCUUUUUUUUUGCUGAAGGGACAGCACGCGGAAGGGACAGUGGUGGGAUUCAAGGAAGUCCGGGUGCGAUACCCUAGCUCUUUUUCGAAGAGACCUCUUGGUUCUUUUACGUGCUCGGUGUAGGUUAAACCAGUACUGAGUACACCACUUUUCCAAGCACUACCCUUUAAAUGCCAAGCGCCAGGCAAGGGAGUUACUUGUACCAACUUUUAACGUCUUGAUGCGGCCAGGGAUCGAACCAACGACCUCCCGCUCCGUAGGCGGACGCUUAACAAAUAGGCCACGGAGACGGUAUAAAUAAAGUAUGUUCUAUGUUCUAUGUUAACAACUGUAGAGCGUUUAAAAAUCAAUAGAAGAGUACAUUCUAAUAUAUCACACAAUUGAAUAACACCAGAUAGGUAUAUAAACACACAGGUAUAUACAAUCAGAUAGGUUUUUAGACACACAUAUAUAUUAUCAGAUAGGUAUAUAUGUAGACACACAGGUAUAUAACAGCAGAUCGGUAUAUAGACACACAGGUAUAUGACAUCAGAUCGUUAUGUAGACACACAGGUAUAUGACAUCAGAUAUGUAUGUAGACACACAGGUAUAUGACAUCAGAUAGGUAUGUAGAAACUCAGGUAUAUGACAGCAGAUCGGUAUGUAGACACACAGGUAUAUGACAUCAGAUAUGUAUGUAGACACACAGGUAUAUGACAUCAGAAAGGUAUGUAGACACACAGGUAUAUAACAGCAGAUCGGUAUGUAGACACACAGGUAUAUGACAUCAGAUAUGUAUGUAGAAACACAGGUAUACGGCAUCAGAUAGGUAUGUAGAAACACAGGUAUACGGCAUCAGAUAGGUAUGUAGACACACAGGUAUAUGACAUCAGAUAGGUAUGUAGACACACAGGUAUAUGACAUCAGAUAGGUAUGUAGACACACAGGUAUAUAACAUCAGAUAUGUAUAUAGACACACAGGUAUAUAACAUCAGAUAGGUAUGUAGACACACAGGUAUAUUACAUCAGAUCGGUAUAUAGACACACAAGUAUAUAACAUCAGAUAGGUAUAUAGACACACAGGUAUAUUACAUCAGAUCGGUAUAUAGACACACAAGUAUAUAACAUCAGAUAGGUAUAUAGACACACAGGUAUAUUACAUCAGAUAGGUAUAUAGACACACAGGUAUAUAACAUCAGAUAGGUAUGUAGACACACAGGUAUAUAACAGCAGAUAUGUAUAUAGACACACAGGUAUAUAACAUCAGAUAGGUAUAUAGACACACAGGUAUAUAACAGCAGAUAGGGAUGUAGACACACAGGUAUAUAACAUCAGAUAGGUGUAUAGACAUACUGGUUUAUAACAGUAGAUAGGUAUAUAGACACACAGGUAUAUAACAUCAGAUAAGUAUAUAGACACACAGGUAUAUAACAUCAGAUAAGUAUGUAGAUACACAGGUAUAUUACAUCAGAUCGGUAUAUAGACACACAAGUAUAUAACAGCAGAUAGGUAUAUAGACACAUAGAUAUAUACCAACACAUAGGUAUUUUCUCCGUGUUUUUGUUUGUUUUCUUCUUGCACAUCCACCAAAAAGUACACCCUAAAUAAUAGUCAUAACGUCUUUUCCGGAUUUCAUCUUCAUAUUGUGUGCAUUUUCUACUUACCUCAAACAUUUGUUAACGAGAAUGUUACAAUAAAUGUUUUACUCACA